AAUUAUCACUGAAUAUUUGUCUAAAAUGAUUACACGUUGUUCAGUCGCGUCCGAAUUCCGCGUGGGCCCACAUGUUCCGAUGUCAUCCACCAAUCACGCUUCAGGCUGUGUAAUUUUUCAAUGAGAUUGCCCACUUAGCCACGUAUGACGUCCGUUGUCAUUUUAACGAGGCAGCCACGCUGCGUUUUCGAAUUUUGCCGCAUCGGAACGCGACUGAUUCGAUGAUUGAAAGAACGCAAAUCGAUUUGACCGUAUUCAGAGUGCGUGAACGUUUCUCGGUGUCGUAUUGAAGUUUUGACUAUUACAAAUCGAAUCAAAGUGGAUCCUUUCGUGAAGAGAAAGAUGAAAGUAUUCAAGAAGAAAUUGCGUUUCUCGAUAUAACGUUAGAAUGUGUGGACAUUGUGUUAAACAUAAUUUAUCGAUACGUGUACUAUAAUAAAUAUUAUACCUACAUCACCGGCGGCAUUUCGUUCAGAUAUAGUCACAGAUAGAUUUAAAUAUGCAUCCCAGAACAGGAAAUUUAGUUUGCGUCGUAUUCCUAGUAGUACUGGAUUUAUCCGGAAUAAAAACACAGACAGAAAUAGAACAUCAGACGACAACGGAAGCAUUUGAGACAACAACAACAACGGAUCACAGUUACGCAGACGACAUCAAAGUAAGACAAUCAAGAAAAACGCUUGACGAUGCAAUAAUACACAAAAUAGAACCGUUACUACAAGACAUAAAGCCAGCUGAGAUCCCGGAGAGUGCGUCAAAAGUAAUAAUGCCAUUGAGAAACAGAAAUCCUGUGAACGAAAUCGUUAUCAACGGAAAGAAGAAUAAAACGGAACCCAUAAAGCAUCCAGUUGAAAAAUUAGAUCAUGAAUUGGCCAAAUUGUUAAGGAAUAAAAUAACGAAAAAGAUUAAUAAUAUAAGAGCUCAUGUUAGAUAUGACGAAGUAACGGGUGAGGUGAUGGACGCACCGCAUCCCUGUGAAAGAGAAUGUAAGGAAGGCGAAGAUCCAAUGGUUUGCUAUUACCAUUUCAACUUGGAGUGGUACCAGACCAUGAGUAAAGCGUGUUUUAAUUGUCCCUUCAACGAAACGGACUGUUUUCGACCUGAUUGUAUUCCAGCUGAUGGCAUGAAUAGGCCUUUGAAUGUGAUCAACAGGAAGAUGCCGGGACCCGCUAUUGAGGUCUGCCAACAUGAUAGAGUAAUAGUGGACGUCGAAAAUGACCUAAUGACGGAAGGAACAACAGUGCACUGGCAUGGCCAACAUCAGAAAGGUACUCCUUACAUGGACGGGACGCCGUAUGUCACCCAGUGUCCAAUACCUCCCGAAACAACGUUUAGAUACCAAUUUAACGCGACACAUACCGGCACACAUUUCUGGCACUCACACUCUGGCAUGCAGCGGGCUGAUGGAGCGGCUGGUGCUUUUAUAGUCAGGAAACCUAAGUCACAGGAUCCUCAUGGACAUCUGUAUGAUUAUGACAGAACCGAUCACGUGAUGAUAGUGACGGAUUGGAUCCACGAGCUCUCAGUUGGGAUGUUUACGGACCACCACCACUCCUCCGGCGACAACAAACCUCCGACCCUCCUCAUCAACGGAGUAGGAAGGUUCAGGGUCUUCAACAACGACACUGAGAAGCCUUUAUAUAUGAAAGCGGCGAGGUUCAAUGUCGAACAGGGAUACAGAUACCGGUUUCGCGUGAUCAACGCUGAGUUCCUGAACUGCCCUAUAGAGCUGUCUGUGGACGGACACAACAUAACUGUGAUCUCGAGUGAUGGAUACGAUUUGGAGCCUAUCGUCGCUACAUCGCUCGUGACUUACGCCGGAGAGCGAUAUGACUUCAUUCUGGAUGCUAAUAACGAAAUCGACAACUACUGGAUCAGAUUCCGCGGUCUUAUGGACUGCGAUGAAGUAUUCACUAAAGCUAAGCAAGUCGGAGUUUUGCAUUACGAAGGAGCCAUGGAAGUCGAACCGGCUGGUGACCCAACAUGGGAGGAGCUGCAUAAUGAAGGAUUGCAAUUGAACGCGCUGAACAAAGGUGAAGAAGAAGACGAGACUAUAAGUGUCGCGGAAAUGAAGUCUUUAGAUGGAUACGACGAAAGUCUUAAGGAGAUCGCCGAUUACCAGUUCUACGUGGCCUAUGAUUUCUACGCUAAGAACAAUUCUCAUUUCCACAGGUCGCCUUAUUACGGAUAUUACCAAGUUCCCGAAAAAGUGAACCGUCUCUACACGCCGCAGCUGAACCACAUCAGCAUGAAGAUGCCGUCAAGUCCACUCCUGGUCGCCCGACCAACACCGGACCACUUUUGCAACGCGUCCAGCAUCGAAGAAUCCUGUAAAGAAGGCUACUGCGAGUGCUCUCACGUCCUAUCAGUCAAACUAAACUCUGUCGUCGAAGUCGUAAUAGUCGAUGAAGGUAUCACAUUUGACGCCAAUCACCCGUUCCAUUUACAUGGCCACAGUUUCAGGGUGGUUGGUCUUAGGAGGCUAGCAUCAGAUACAACUAUAGAAGAGGUCAAGGCAUUUGACGAAGCCGGUCUAUUGAAAAGAAAUCUAAAGAACGCUCCUAUCAAAGAUACCGUCACAGUACCAGACGGAGGCUACACGGUUAUUAGGUUCAAAGCUGACAACCCAGGCUAUUGGUUAUUCCAUUGUCAUAUAGAAUUUCACGUUGAAGUUGGCAUGGCCUUAGUUUUCAAGGUCGGUGAUCAUAAGGAUAUGCCGCCGGUCCCCAGAGAGUUCCCCAAAUGCGGUAGUUACAUCCCGGAUAAUAUGCUCGAGUUGGCUACAGAAAAACCAAAGAACGAUAAUCAGUUCAUUUCUAUAUCUCACUGGUGGCCGGUUGUGGUUGUCAAUAACACUGUUUCAUCGGCUUCAUCUAUUAGUUUAUGUAUAUAUCUUCUCACUUGUUGCAUGCUUUUAUUGAAAUUUAAUUAUGAUAGAUAA